GUGUUAAACCCACAUUUCUAUGGUUUAACCUAAAUCAAACGUUGUGGUUUGUGUCAUCAACUGUUUUUGAAUAGUUUGCGAUUGUACCUAAUUUACGACGAGUGUUAUUGUUGCGACGACCUAGCCAACUUGUUUUUCUCAGACAGCUGACGAUUGUAGGGACUAGGGAGGGACACUUUCCCAGGAUUUUCAGUAAUGUUUUCAUUGAUAAUCACGAUGAAGAAGAAGCCCAAGCAAAUAUUUUAACUAUGUACCAAUGUGUCAGGAUUCAAUUUCAAGAACUAACUUACUCGCCCCUUGUACUCUUUCCUGUUUUUAUUAUGGAACAAAACACUGUCCUCAGUCUUUUUGAUUCUUUCGCCCUAAAUCGGCGACGCGGACAGACAUGAGGGAUUCUUGAGUUGUCCCUGAAAAUACUUUGCUCACUUAGUGAAUAUCAAAGAAAAAGUAUGUUUCUAUGAUGCCUAUAUCCUCUACUAUUUAACCAUAUAACAUUUCCCCCAACGUUUGUUUUAACUUCUUCCCAAUCCAGCUCACCUUCAACCAUACAUGCAAGCUGAUGUUUCAUGUGGUUAAUAUAGGCCUAUAUUUAAUGAGAGAGGGCAAACGGUUGGAAACGUUAAAUUUAGAGACAGCUGUUCUAGUGAACAGGGAAGGGAGGGUGCAUACAGGGACUGGGUUGGCAUACAGCCAGGGAAGUUUUGACAAUGACAGACUACAGGUUGUCUCCUCACUCUAUUGUCAUUGUAUCAUUAUAUUGUCAUUGAUAAAUGUUCCAUACAGAUGGUUCUUUUUCAGGGUAUGGUCCAAAGAAGGGAGCUGAGGAAAGCCUGAAACAAACCAAAUACUGUGAAGGCGCCCACCAUUUCUCCGCCCAUAGCUCAGAGAGGAAGUGAAACCAGGGGAUUGAGACCGAAGCAGUUCAAUGGAUGAAAACGUUGCAUGGACUGUAGAUUGAAAGAGGAAGAACUUCAUCCUCUCAGGUUUUUGCUUUUGGUCUCUGCUUGUACAACCUUUCAGGCCCCUCUGCCUGUUAUUUUGUUUCUUGUAUGAGGUGCGUGAUAACUUGACUCAGAGAUGACAGUGAGACUGUGGGAUAAGCAAGAGUGGUAAUUGAGAAGGGCAGUGAUGUGAAUCCUUACAUCUGUAUGCUACCCACUGGAAUAUCUUAAGUAUUAGCUAAUCAAGCAACAACAAUCCGUCUACCUUGGAUACAGACUAACAACUGAGCACUUUCAGAUGCUCAUGAAUGUAGUGACUGACUGCCACAACACAAUUUGACGAGGAUAGUCUCUUUGCCCUUGUGUAGAGUUUAACGUGUCAGAAGUCCUUCACCAUCUGUCACUGCAGCCCAACUUUAAGGGGGAAAAACACUUUACCGGACUGGUGGAAAGAGAACUUAGGUAAACCUGUGAUGAGUCGGAAUGUGGUGCUGCAAAUAACUGGGAAUCCCCUACUGGAGUUAGUGGGAGGAACUGGAACUGAGGUGGAACCAGAACCAACCGAGGCUUAAGCACGACAACUGAAUGCCAUGUACUAAACUGGAAAUACGCUUGAUUUAACUGUGUUGGGGGGGAGACUGUUUCAUCCUGGGAUUUGGGAAGACUGGAAUCUGUUCCUGUGGAACUGCAUUUAUUGGGAGAGGAUUACUGAAACCAACAGCACUGUCUGCAGAAAUGGCGGGGCCGGGAAAGGACUACAACCAUCUCUUCAAACUGCUCAUCAUUGGAGACUCCAAUGUAGGGAAGAGCAGUCUACUACUACGAUUUGCAGAUAAUUCCUUCUCGGGUAGCUACAUCACUACGAUCGGCGUGGACUUUAAGAUCCGUACGGUGGACAUCGACGGGGAGCGAGUCAAACUGCAGAUCUGGGACACAGCGGGCCAGGAGCGCUUCAGGACCAUCACCUCAACGUAUUAUAGAAAUACCCACGGUGUGAUUAUUGUUUACGACGUCACCAACCCAGAGUCGUUUGUGAACGUGAAGAGGUGGCUUAAUGAGAUCACUCAGAACUGUGACAACGUCUGUAAGAUCCUAGUGGGGAACAAGAAUGACGACCCCUCCAAGAAGCAGGUGGACUCCCAGGAUGCAAUGCGUUUCGGGGAGUCGGUGGGCGUCCGGGUAUUUGAGACGAGCGCCAAAGAAAACAUCAACGUGGAAGAGAUGUUUAUGGCUUUCACUCACAUGGUCCUUCGGACAAAAAAGCAGAGUCAGAGUCGUGCAGAGAGAGAGCGGGAACGAGAGAAGGAAACGGUCGACAUCAAUUCUCACAGACACAGAGAGAGGAGGAAGAGGGGGAAGAAGUGUUGCUGAGGGAGAGAAAGGAAGGCGAUUUUCUAAGAACAGGACAGACCAAUGGAGAGUCGAGCAUCCAAAGUCUGUCUGCACUCAUGGGGAAAGAGCCAGGACAUUACAUGUUGAAAUUGCACUGAGACAAGAUUACAAGAGGGUAAGGACAGAGAACCACUAUUAUGUGCCGAAUUUUUACCUUAGCAGUUAUUUUUUAUGAAUGCAAAAUAAUGUCAUUUUAUCAUUAAAAGGGAAACUGGAUCCCCACUGUGUCAAACUGUCAUUAAAACCCCUAAUUUAGGAAAUACACUAAUGACUUCAAAAGUGACUAGAGUGAUGUAUCUGUUUUAUUUGUAAUGAAAAAGACUGUCGUGAAAAAUGUAACAUGUCUAAAUAAACAGUGAGCAAUAGA